AUGAACUUCAACCGUCCGCUCGACGACAUCGUGAGGGACCGCAGGGGGGGCCGCCGCGACGGUCGCGGGGGCCGCGGAGGCGGGUGGCACGGCCAGCGUCGCUGGGGCUCGGACCGAGGCUACGGCGGCCGGGGCUCGCAGCACCGUUCCAGCAUCGAAGACUCGCCGGAAUUUCGUAGAAUCCAUGACGAAGAUAGGAAGAAGGCGCUCGACAUGCUCCACGACCGUCUCUUCGAGCUGCCCCGCGCGGAGGUGCCCUCCGCCUCGGUGGAGCUCUUCACGGCGCCCGCAUUCGCCGUCCCGGACAUGAUGGACCUCAAGAAGCGCCUCAACGAGACCAAGGAUAAGCUUGACACCAAGGACAUCAGCGUGUGGGGGAAGCACACCACGUUCACCAACCGGGCCGGGGACGUCGUGCGCCGGCUCAGGCAGAGCGUCGCGCCGGAGAUGUGCACCAUCGCGUGGGCGAAAAUGUACGAGAUGAUUCACGCGUGCGGGCUGUUGACCGAGGAGGCCGUGGGGCGCGCCCGCGCGGACCCGGCGCGCCAGGCGGUGGCUACGGUGCACCUGUGCGAGGCACCAGGCGCGUUCAUCGCGGCGACGAACCACUACGUCCGCACGAAGCUGCCCCGGUGGGAGUGGGACUGGCGUGGGUUGACGCUCAACCCGUACUUCGAGGGGAACGACCGCGGUGCCAUGAUCGACGACGACGCCCUCAUCAAGGAAACAAUGCAGCACUGGUGCUGGGGCGCGGACAACUCAGGCGACGUGCGCGAGCCGGAGAACAUCCGGGCGCUCUGGAAGGAGGCCCAAGGCAUGUUCAGCAAGCUCGGCGUGGCGGGAGCGACCAUGGUCACCGCCGACGGGUCCAUCGACUGCCAGGAGAACCCGAACGAGCAGGAGGCAACGACAGCGCCCCUGCACUACUGCGAAAUGGUGUGCGGCCUCGGCAUGCUCGCGCCUGGGGGGUCCCUGGUGCUCAAGGCCUUCACGCUCUUCGAGCACCCGUCCGUGUGCCUGAUGUACAUGCUUUCGUCGCUCUUCGACACGUGCCUGGUGCACAAGCCGGCCACGAGCAAGCCCGGGAACUCGGAGGUGUACGUGAUCGGGAGGGGCUUCCGCGGGAUCGAGCCGGCGCUCCUGGAGCGGCUGCUGUCGUUCGUUUCGAAGGACCCCGGGAUGUUCAAGAACGUCUCGCUGCUGCCGGAGGCCUCGAUACCGGAGUCGUACAUGAGGCAGGCGGUGGCGUGCGCAGGGAAGUUCAGCGGCGCGCAGCGGGACAUCAUCGAGGAGAACCUGGAGCUGGACACGUUCAUGAGCCACCCGACGAGGGAGUCGAGGUACAAGGUCAAGCGGUGGUUCGCAGAACACUUCCGAGAGUGGUACCGGAUCAUGCCGCUUGACAAGAGCAUGCACCUCGCCAGGACGCGUCUGACGGGUACGAACAACAACACGAACAAGAGCCUCGGGGGCCGGGGGCGCGACAAGCCUGGCGGGACGCUGGAGGAGCGCCGCGCGCACUACAAGCGCAGGCGCGACGACCUGUACGGAGAGACCACGGAGGACGGCAGCGCGACGGUGUCGGUCGAGGAGCGGCCGCGGAAGCGCCACAUGGGAUCGGGGAUGGACGUGUACGUCGACGAGCAGUUCCAGGACCCCAGGGGCGACGACGCAGGCAUGGGUCUGCCGGAGUCGAACAAGGGCAUGCAGAUGCUGAUGGGGAUGGGAUACAAGCAGGGCCAGGGCCUGGGUCGCAAGAACGAUGGGAUCAGGCAGCCGUUGCUGGACCACAGUCAGCAGUCCAGGAUGGGUCUGGGUUUCGGGCUGGACAACCGCGCCGCCCCCGCAACGCGCUCUUUUGCGCCGGUCCCGGACAGCCGGGCGCACGUCAGGGACGGGCGCGUCUCUUUGGGGGGCUCGUGGGCGAUCGACGCUGCCCGGCCGGUGGCGAUCAUCGCGAGCAAGUUCCUGCCGGACGACGUGCUGCGUUCGCUCAAGUCGAAGCGAGAGGCACUCAGCAGCAAGGGCCUGCAGUGCAAGCACGCCACACCGUGCUGCGCGCCGAGGUCUGGCAACGGAGUCGCAAGCCGGUCGUACUGGAAGCUGGCUGCGGCGAGCAGGACGCUGAAGAUCCUGGAGACGAUGAGCCUCGGAGGGAUGCUCGACGACGGGACGGACGACGUGUGCGUGGAUCUGUCGGCUUCGAAGGCGGGCGUGGCGCAGUUCUUGUGCGACGCCAGCCAGGCGAACGCGCAGCCGCUGCACGUCCUCACGACCGCGUCGGCGGCGGUGCAGCACUGCCCGGCUGGGAAGGUGACGUGCGUCGGCCCGCACCCGGAGGCCGCCGUCUCGGACGGGCACGGCGUGAGCAGCGCAGUGCAGGUGACGAUCGCGAGCGUCGAGGAGCAGCUCAAGGCCAGACGAGUGACGGGGGCGGCUCUGGUGGUCGGCGAUCUCUCCAGCCUGAAGAGUCUGGUGAAGUCUUCGCCGCCGGUGGUGCCGGGCUCGCUCAAUAUCGAGCUGAGCCUGCGCUACCGCCGACAGCUUGUUGCUGAGGCGCUUGUCGGUCUCAAGGUGCUUCAGACGAGCGGCUCGCUGGUGCUGCGUCUCGGGGACUGUCUGACCCGCUUCUCGGCGGGUGUGCUGUACUUGCUGCACAGCUGCUUCUCCUCGUUCGUCAUCAUGCGGCCGUUCACGAGCUGCGUCGUCUCGCUCGGCGAGCGCAUCGCAGUCUUCUCGGGCCGCAACAGCUCGGUCAAGGACUGCAUCGAGCGCCUGUCGACGCUGCUGGCCAAAAUGGAGGAGUGCGAGCGGUCCGGCGAGGAGCUGGUGUCGAACCCUGUGCCGCCCCAGGAGUACAUCGGGACGGAGUUCUUCAGCUACAUCUUCUCGCGCAACGUGGCGCUCGCCGAGGCGGAGGCGUCGAUGCUGGGGAACCUCCUGCGGGAGGGCGCCGCGGAGGAGGGCGCGGCGCUGGACCACGCGGUUGCGAGGGAGCAGGUGGGCGUGCGGGCGUAG